UGUUUGCCUUCAGUUUGUAUGACAUGUCUUCAGAUUCAAGUCAUUAGUGAUUCAUAAAUAUUGUUAAAGUUUUUGUAUAUAUUUAUUGAAUUGAUUUGUAAUACAUUUAUUUAAUUAGUUUAUCACUUGAUUUGUAGACAAAGACACUUAAACUUUGUUGUUAUUUAUAAAUAUUUUUUGUGAUAAUCGCAAAAUCAAAAUAAGAUUUGUAUGAAUGGCGACAAUGAAUACCAACAGUAGUGAUGAUAAUAUGGAUUCAUUUGAAAUGGUUAACACAUGUGAGUCGAUUGUGGCCAUACCUGAUGAUCAAACAACUGAUCCACAGUUAGGCCAUAGUUUGCAUUUGAAUGAUGUGUCAAACGCUUUACAAAUAAGUCGGUCGACAACAGGUGAGAGCCAUCUGAUCAACAAUUUGGACACAAGACGUAUGGUCUCUAUUGUGAACAGUCUGCCAGACUAUAGUCAAAUUGAAGACUUGAAUGACAAUCAAAAUAUUGAAAACGACAACUUUGUUGAAGAGAGAAAUGCGUCCUUAAAAUCAAUGGCAGACAACUUGAGUCGUAUUGAAGACAAUAUCAAGAACUGUAACAUUUCUUUGGACACUGUUUUGACCAAUAGUUUGGAGAUUACUUUCAAAGAAUUGAGAGACGAAAAUGACAAACUAAAGGUAGAAAUUGAUAAGAAUAACCAUUUUAUGAAAGAACAGAUCAAGAAUAUACAAGAAAGACAACAUAAAAAUAAUGAGAUUAUUGAAGAUCACAAACGAUUGAAUGAGACGCUGAAGCAAAUGAUUGAUGAAAACAAUCAAUUGAAAGAAGAGAACAAACAACUAAUAUGUAAAGUGACGGAAGGUUUGGAUAAAUCAAUACUAAUUGAAGAGUUGACAACACAAGUGGAUUCACUUAAAUCCAGAUGCGAACAAUUGGCCAAAUAUGAGAAGUUGGAUAUAAACUCUGAAAUUAAAUCACAAGAGAUGAGCGCACAAGUUGUUGAGUCACAGAUGAAGAUUGAUUCCAUGACUGAAGAAAUUAAUGCUUUGAAAACACAAUUGAAAGAGUCGAUCACUAAACUUGAAGUAUUGCCAGCAAUGGAAUCACAAUUACAACUCUUCGAGCGUGACUUUAAACUGGAAGAAAUGGCCAAAAUGGCGGCUGUUAAAGAAGUUGUCGAACUGGAGAUUGAAGUCGACAAACUUAAGCUAACUAUCAGUGAAUUGGAGGAGAGAUUGGAUAAGGGAUCACCAACUUUGGACAUAAGAGCAACAACUGAGGAGUUAACGGUAGGAAAACAUCACCGAAGACAUAGACAUUCGGGAAGGUCUGCAUCGAAAUUCUAUACCUGUCCUAAAUGUUGGCACCAUUUUGAAAGGUUUCAGGUCUUACGGCAACACAUCGAGCAAUGUCUAGACGAAGACGGACUCUUCACUUGAUUGCAUUUACUAUAAUAAUAAUCAUAAAUUAACUUUUGAUUUUAUAUUUAAGAUUAUAUAAUGAUAUAUUUUAUUAUAAUUACCGUAUGAAUUAUUACUGUAUUAUCAUG